ACGCGUGUAUCCGGCGCGGGCGCAGGUCGUUUGCUGCACUGCUCCAUACGAGCUACUGAAAUUAUCGCAUGGAGAAUUUUGUGUUAUUUAAUGUAACGAACGAAUUUAGCUACAGUGUCUGUGAUAAUUAUUUAUUUUAGUUACUUAGAAGAAUUUUAGUGCUUAACGUAGAAAGUUUUAUCUUGAGGCGAUGAUCUACCGUAUUCUAUUAUGAUAUGUUUCUAAAGAAAUAGGUACAUGAAGUGAAUAUAAAAGUGCGAAAUGUGAGAUUCGUGUCAGUGGAGUUAAGAUUAAGAACUAAAAUAAACUGAAGUGUUCCAUUUAAUUCUAGUUAGUAUUAUGUUCUAGUGAGAUAAGACUUGAGAAUUCGAAUAACACAAAUUAAAAAUGUAUUCGCAACGAUCGACAAUGUUACGAGUUUUCAUUUGGGCGUGCAUAAUUGCGGUGUGCUUCGCUCAACGCGCGGAGCAGUUGCUUGCUCAGAACCCCUGUUCGAGCAAGACAACCUGCAGUGAAUGCGUGAGGACCGCCAGCUGUGCGUGGUGCUACGCCGCUGUCUUCAACGGCCCGCGGUGCUUCAACCCCGCCAUAGAGGGCGGCACGGCCGGCUGUGACGAGGCCUAUGUGCACAACCCUGAUAACCAGCUCUCUAUAGACCCGAGAUAUAACCGGGAACUCAGUCGAGCGAAAAGUCGUAUGGCUAUUGGUUCAUCUUCGUAUGAAGAGUCAAUGGCCGCCAAGGGCAGCGCAAGCGGAGGGUUCAUGGAGGCGGGGGGCGCGGCCGCGGGUGCCGGCGCUGGUGACAAUCUGGUGCAGAUUAAGCCGCAGAGACUGAAUCUGCAACUGAGGAUGAAUCAAAUGCAAAAGAUUUCCUUCUCAUACUCCCAGGCCCAGGACUACCCAGUAGAUCUGUACUAUCUUAUGGACCUCAGUAGAUCUAUGAAGAACGACAAAGAGAAGCUUAGCACCCUCGGCAGUCUGCUCUCCAGCACUAUGAGGAAUAUCACUUCUAAGUUCAGGAUCGGCUUCGGUUCCUUCGUGGAUAAGCUUGUUAUGCCUUAUGUGUCCACUGUGCCUAAAAGUUUAAUUUCCCCGUGUGAUGGGUGCGCAGCGCCGUAUGGGUUCAAGAAUCAAAUGUCUCUCAGUACCGAUACUGAUUAUUUUGAUAAAGCAGUAGCAAACGCGGACGUGUCGGGCAACUUGGACGCGCCUGAAGGAGGUUUCGACGCCAUCAUGCAGGCGGUCGUGUGCAAGCAGGAGAUAGGCUGGCGGGACCAGGCGCGACGCCUGCUUGUCUUCUCUACCGACGCCGGCUUCCACUACGCGGGCGACGGAAAGCUCGGCGGAAUUGUCCAGCCUAACGACGGGGAAUGCCACAUGGAACACGAUUCGUAUACCCAUUCCACCCUUCAGGACUACCCUAGCAUUUCGCAAAUCAACCUCAAGGUGAAACAGCACGCAAUCAACGUGAUAUUCGCUGUGACAGCGGAACAGAUCAGUGUGUACGAGCAGCUGAGCAAACACAUCGAGGGCUCCAGCAGCGGUAUCCUCAGCAACGACUCCUCCAACGUGGUGGAUCUUGUGCGCGACCAAUACAAUAAAAUAUCGUCAACUGUGGAGAUGAAAGAUACGUCAAGCGAUGCCUUGCAAGUGGUGUAUUACUCGUCGUGCUUGGGCGGCACUGAGGUCGUGCAGACCAACAAAUGCGAUGGCUUGAAGGUGGGAGACGUGGUCGACUUCACUGCGGAGAUAACGCUGAAGGAGUGCCCGAAAGACCGCAACAAGUGGAAGCAGACCUUCAACAUCUACCCCGUGGGCAUUUCCGAGAUGCUGACCGUCGAGGUGGACAUGCACUGCGACUGUCCCUGCGAACACUCCGACCACCACUCCUUCAACAACAGCCCCGACGUGUGCAGCGGACAAGGGAUCUCCGCGUGCGGGGUCUGCGUGUGCAACCCCGGGCGCUUCGGCAAGAGCUGCGAGUGUUCCGCGGAGGGGGGCGUGUCUCUGGAGCAGGAGAGGGGCUGCCGGCCCACCAACGCCUCCUCCGGCCCGCUGUGCUCCGGACGCGGCACCUGCAUCUGCGGCGUCUGCGAGUGCGACAACAUGGAGGACGAGACCAAGGUGAUAUCGGGCCCGUUCUGCGAGUGCGACAACUUCACGUGCGACAUGAACAAGGGAUUACUGUGCUCCGGGCCCUCGCACGGAGAGUGCGUGUGCGGGAAGUGUGCCUGCCGCCCUGACUUCACCGGCGCCGCGUGCCAGUGUCCACUCAGCACCAAAUCCUGCGUCUCUCCCGAAAACGACGAAAUUUGUAGCGGCAACGGUGUUUGCGAAUGUGGGCAAUGCGUGUGCCACGUAAAGGACAAUCGUCAUUAUUCUGGCAAAUUCUGCGAAAAAUGUCCGACAUGUCCCGGUCGCUGCGGUGAGUUCAAGGACUGCGUGUUGUGUGAGGUGCACCAACGAGGCCCCAUGUACAAGGACAAGAUGUGCGGUAACUGCAAACUGGACAUCAUCGUCGAGGAAGGAAAACUUGUUGCAAAUGAAUCUCAAAACGAACACUUGUGUAGUUUCUAUGAUGACGAGGAUUGUUUGUAUGUGUACGUUUAUUCGUACAACGACUCUCAGCAACUGCAUAUCAGAGCACAGAAGGAACGAGAAUGUCCGAGAAAGGUAUUCAUAUUGGGCAUAGUGCUGGGCGUGAUCGCGGCGAUCGUGCUGGUGGGGCUGGCGCUGCUGAUGCUGUGGAAGAUGGUCACCACCAUCCACGACCGCCGCGAGUUCGCGCGCUUCGAGAAGGAGCGCAUGAUGGCCAAGUGGGACACGGGCGAGAAUCCCAUUUACAAACAGGCCACGUCUACGUUCAAAAAUCCAACAUAUGCAGGAAAAUAAACGAUUUGCGGCCUAUUGUAGUCUGUACUCUGUAUCAUUGGGACACGCAGUGAGUGUCUGCAGUCAUGAUGUCUCGUCAGUAUUGCAGAAUAUACGAAUCUCCGAGCUAUGAAAUUAAACUUGGAAACAAUGUAUCUGGAAUGCCUUAAUGUGUGCCUUUUAUCAGUUUUUGAUGUGUUAUAGUAUAGCACAGAUGCCUUUAGGCAAGUUUUUAAAUAUUUACCGAAAUUAACAAGCGACUGACGAACAAUCAAAAUAAUAUGUACAUAGUACGUAACGUAUCUGAAAUAUUUUAAUUAAUACCCAGCCGGUAUUUUUUCGUAGUCUAACUAGUAAUAUAUCAUAGAUUUCAAUGGUUUAAUAAGAUCUAUCUUUAACCUCUAUGCAGAGUAUCGUAUUAUGUACGCUUUUUGUACUUACGUGUGAAUGUAUGUUGGAUGUACUUAUGUAUUUGUGUAGCUUGGUCAAAUUGACUUAUUAUGGUGAACGAAUCUACAAAAGUCAUAUUAUUAUUAUUACCAUAAUACGUCUAAUUUGUAAAAAUAGACAUGUAUUAAGUAACAUAUUAAUAAAUGAAAUCAUAAUGAAAAGUGCGACACUAUAAACAUUUAAGUAUGUUAAAAAAAUAAAUACCAGUCAAAAAUAUUGUUAUUAUGCACGCUGUAAUUUUUUUAGGUGUAUUAGACUUGGCAAUUAAUCCUCUUAUAAGGAAGAAGUAAAGGAGGACACGUUACGAAGGACACCUUGCCGGAUGGCAUUUCGCUUUUACAAAAUAUGACGUAAGUGGCUGGUUCUCAAUUUUAAUUUGCGGCAGUUUUCAUGUCUAAGCAUCGGUAAUAGUACACAGUAGACCUAUGCGUAGGAGAGUUUGAAAGUAAUUAGAAUUAGUGUUUAGGGUGCCCGAAUAUCCACUGCCAAUAUCUAAGUUAAGUGUUUGACUACGGCUUCCUUAUGGUCCGGUGCCUUAACAUAAUUAUAACUGUAAUAUAUAACAAAAUUAGUGCCAUUACUAAUAUUAUCUCAAAGUUUAUUAUAUUUAUUUAUUAAAAAUAGAUAUUAAUGAGAAUAAGUUUGAUUUAAGAGUAAUGCUUUUUUUAUAUUAUAUUUUGAUUUAUGCAUUUUAUUGAAUUCUAAUUAAUUGAAUUGUAUUUUGAUUGAUUCUGAUAAUUAUAUAAACUCUCGAUCUAAGGUUCACAGAAUAAAAGUGAUACAGUUUUGCUGCAACUGUCGCCGGACAUACAAAAAAUAUAUAAAAUCCAAGCAGUAACAUAUUUCGUGCAGUAGACUUCGUAUUUUUGCCUGUGAAUCUUGUAUUAAUUAUUAUUUAUGUACUUGACUGAUAUUUUAUAUACAAGAAGGCCAUAAAUAUAUUCUCAAUGUAUGUACUUUUACUCGACACUCGUUUUUACAAAUUUUAUUUACGUAACUGUAAGAUCUUGUAUGUUAUAUAAUUUUGUAUUAUGUCUCAUUGGAUAAAUCAUAUUGUUUUAAAAUAUAGUUUUAUACAAAAAUGUUUCUUAAUUCCUAUGGUCUUCAAAUUUUGUAGCUAAUAAAAUAUUAACAAUA